AUGUCGCUGACCGAGAUCGAAGAGAAUGGGAAUGGUUCACCAUCACUGACGUCGAAAGCGGAAUCUGUGAAAAAGAGCACUGAAAGAGUACCUGUCACGGAGAAGUUAACAAUAUCACACGAGAACGUUUCCUCAGCAAGCUCCAUGGACACAACGUCAACGUCAACAAGUCCGACUUCGAGUGGUCCAACUGGCGAGACGAACAGCACCAACACCACCAGCCGCAUGGAAAAUGGCGAACCAUUACCACGAUUAGCUCCAGGCCUUUAUCACAAGAAACCGGCACCUAUACUCACAGAUUCGGCAAGACCGUUUAGUUCA